GGACUGGGUCUGCGUCUCUAACGAGCUGAACACUCCUCCUGGUUAAAAUAACAUCCAGUUCCUGCUGCAAAGAUGGCCUGCGAGAAAAGACUGUCUGCGAGGCGUAAGCACACUCUGAAAGGAUGUAUGCUGCUGGUGGCCACCAACAUGCUGGAGGCCGAGGCGACGGUGAAGGUCGGGGAGAGGGAGAAGUUCCUGGCCGAUAAAUGUCCUGCUCUGGAUCUGCCGUACACCAAAGACGAGCUGGAGGAUCUUUGCCAGAAACUCCACGAGCAGAUUGACAUCAGUGAGGAGGAGCGAUACGGCAUCGAGUUCAAACUCAACCUGGUCCUGAAUGAGGUCAGAGACCUCAACAUAAAGAUCGUGGACAUGAGAGGAAAGUUCAAGAGACCCCGUCUGAAGAAAGUACGUAUGUCCGCCGACGCCAUGCUGAAGGCUCUGCUGGGCUCCAAGCACACGGUCAACAUGGACCUGAGGGCCAACCUGAAGCAGGUCAAGAAGGAGGUCAAGGAGGAGGACAAGCAGCUACGCGAUGUGGGAGACUGGCGUAAGAACAUUGAAGACAAGUCUGAUAGGAAGAAGAUGUUUGAUAGUUAAAUGUGAUCCUUCGUGGGGUUUUGGGCUUAAACGAGUGCUUUUCGGGACAGAAUUCAGGUCUAAUGUCUUUGUAAUGGAAGAGUUUUAUUCCAAAAUACUGCAUAUCCACUGUAAACCAUAUUGUUUAUUAUUAUUGAACAGAUAAGAUGUGAGGGUUUAUCAGAUAAAGUUGGAUAAUUUGUCAUCUAAAAGUUCACAUCUUAAGAAAGAUGAUAGUGUUUCUAAGCUUCUAGUAUGGUGCAGUAAGUGAUGAACGAUAAUCUCAGUUGGUUUGCAGGAUUUGAAAAGUGAUGACUGUGCAAACAAAUAAUUAUUUUCAACCUUUUACUUUUAAUUUAGGCUAUUAAAAGUACAAUUGUUUUAUUCAAAGCACAAGUUCAGUUACACAGUUUUCACUUUGUUAAAAUCUGUAAUAAAUCUGCUGUAGAUUCGGUUUGUUUUAGGUAGUUUUUGGAUAUCUUACCUUGGAACAAAACUCUUCAGUUGAGUCUAAGCUGCCUUUCUGCUUUUGCAUGUAUUGCCACUGUACUGUGAUGUAUUUGUACCUUGUGUACUGCUGCCAGUAUUAGUACAUGAGUGGUGAAUCAAACCUGUUUUUGUACUGUGAAGGCUGACUCAUGCUUCUGCAUCCAAACAUCGCUUUUACAACAGAAAAGACAUCAUGCGCACUUGUUUGGCGAAUGUCUUACAAAUAUAUCUCUUCUGCGUUAAAAGAUAAAAUAAAAAAAACUAGUAUCACAUUUGCAGCUGAUCAUGUAAACUUGUAAUUUAAAAUAUCGGGUCAUUAUUAGGUCGCUUUGUUCCGUAAAGUUUGUCUGCGCCCAUUCUUGAGUUAACGUUAGCCCAAAGCGUUUCACGUUAGCAUGGCAGUGACGGAUGAAUUAAUGAGCGACUCCUCCGUAGCAGAAGUAUAAUUCAGCCUUCAGUCUGAACUAACAUCAUGUCAUCUUUUCUAAACUGUUCAAACAGAAGUGUGAUGUACCUUUCUCAUCUUUUUGCUGUCACAUUAAAUAAGAAAGCUUCAUGUUAAUCUU